AUGCCAGCACGAGACGUUCGCGCCCAUUUUCGCCGCAGCGUCACUUCCGCACAGAGAGAGCUCGUGAAGACGGAGACAAUAACAAUGUCGGACUUCAGUUUCAUGUCCAAAGAAGAGAUUUUAAGAGGAAUUAUCACCGAGAAACUGACCACGGCGGCGAGGGAGAUCUUCGCCGUGGUGGAGAGAACCGUGUCCGCGUACGAGGAGGAGGCGGCGGGUCUGAGGCAGGAGAUAGACCGGCAGAGGAGCCAGCUGGAGGCGGUUCUUCAACCCCGGGUCUCUCUGGAGAAAAAAGGUAACUAACCCUAAAAAGGUUCGUGUCUGGACGAGCUUACAGGGAGAGCUACCCUGGUGUCGUUCCGUUCAGUAACAGAACCUCAUUGAAAUAUGCUGAUUUAAAUGUACUGUGCUCUUGCUCAAAUAUACUAACUCGACAGUACAUAUAUCCAUACCUGUUAACAAAAUCAGGAUUUUAUUGAUAACUCGGCUCAAUAAAAACACAUUUACUAUAGUAAAGAUACUUAAAAAGGUAACUAACCUCAGUAGAACACAGUGUAGCUCCGUUCAGUAACAGAACCUCAUUGGAAAAUUAGCUGAUUUAACUUUACUGUGCUGUUUUUUUAAAUAUACCAACUCGACCCCACAUAAAUCCAUACCUGUUAACAAAAUCAUGAUUUUAUUGAUAAUUCGGCUUUAUAAAAACACCUUUAUGAAGCCGAAUUAUCAAUAAUUUAAUAAUUUGUGUUCUCUUAGGAGUUAGAAUGAGGUGUCACUAAAUAUCAAACAGAUAUUCACAAUUUAUCAAUACAUGAAUGAUUACUGAUUCAUGAAUAGUAAUGACUGUUUGUGACCCUUUUCUCUUAACUAAGAAGCUGUGGUCAAAGACGAAGAAGGUCAUGAGGAGGUCGUUCUAAGUGAGGAAGAGGAGGAGCGGUCGACACAGCAGUCAGGUAAACAUCCUGUGUGUCUAACUGUGUAUAAACUCAGAGAGGAUGACUCUUUAUGCAGACGAUGGUGUGGUAUGAUCAAAAACUGACCUGACAUCCAAUAACUGAUCCAAACAUGACCUCUGACCCCACCUCUGUCCAGGUGUGGAGGACGCUGGGAGCGUGUGGUAUGGUGAAGAUGAAGCUGAAGAGCAGCAGAUCUUAGCUCUUUUAACAUCUCCAGGUUAUGAAGAGACACAAGACGACUGUAAGGACCCAGAUUUCCAGGUUCCUCCAAGGUUAUAAAUCCAAGUAAAACCAGUUUGGUGUUUGGGUUGAAUUUCUGUUUUCAUGGAUUUCACUUUAUUCUGUUUGGUACUUAAAGAUCUGGACUUUAAAAUCUUGGUUUCAGAGAUUUAAACCUGCUCACACUUUUCUGUCCUGUGGGUUAAUUUCUCCCAGAGUUCGUUCUGGCAGGAGGAGGCCUGGCAGACCUCGACUCAUUGACUCCCAGAACCAUGUAGACUUCAAGAUCCGCAUCCUGGGGAACACUCAGAUCGACGUGCUCUCCAACUUCGGUCAGACCUCUCUCUGCUCACCAACCACGACGGUAUUAUCUUGAUCUCACAGAUGAACCUCAUGGUGUUUUUUUUAUUCAUGUUCCAGUGUUGUCUAAAUAUCCGGUCCAGGACCUGAGGUGUCCUCGAGGCCUACGGGAGGCCGACUUUCUGGACCUGCUGAGGUCCACUUUCCCUCAGCUGGCGGGUCAGACGGAUUUAGAGUUUUUCACGUCCGACAGAUCGAAGCAACUCUUUCCUCUGAGCGUGGAGAGUCAGACGCCUGAGGAGAUCUACAGGAGCAUCAGACCGGGGAAAACCACCCUCUACAUCCGCCUGAAGGUACCGAGCAACAGCAGCGUGUGUGGAAGACCUUGAGAUGUCUUUUAAGAUUUGUGUUUAUUUUUCUCGGUUAUUUUCCGGUCGCAAGAUCUAUGCGGAGUGUUUCCUUUCUUCUUCCUGUGGCGCAGUCGUCCGUCUCUAAAUCUUUGGGGUCAAUCUUGUUUUUUUUUCUUCUCAGAUGGCGGGGGAUCCUCGGAAUGGCGGGGACGGUGUAAACCUGCAGGGAUCAGAAGUUUCUGCAUCAACAUCAGCUGAUCAAACCCUCAGCAGGUGAGCAAAAACUGAACCCUGAGAAGACUUCAGGUCCAGACUGUUGGUGUCUUUAAAGACCGCGAUCAAACCACCCAAACCGAGAGAAGCGCAGGAUAGUAGGGUUGGGCGGUUCAAGAUUACCGUAAUAUAUUCCAAACAUCAUACAUUGACAUAAAGCUCAGAUACUCAGCUGUCUGUCAGCGUUGGAAUUUUUUCAGAUUAAACAAACUGUUAAGGAGUUACGGUGUUGAAGCUGUGUAGCACUCUGCUGAUACCUCGUGUGUUUGGCAAUGACUGCCUACCUCAUACGGUUACGACAAUGUAGUAAAUCUUAUAGCAGCGUAUGCCCACAACUUUUAGCUUUCCAACACCGUUUAAGUUUUUCUGAUCGGACAAACUUUGACGGCAUUACCGUAAUAACACUCCGGCCGGCGCCAGCACUUUGACGGUAUUUAAACUGGUACCGUUGCUUUUGAAAGAACCGCCGAUAUACCUGAAUACCGUAUCACUGCCCAACCCUAGAACACAAAGUUCAAAAACUCACAUUGCUUUGGUUCUGCUUCAGGUCAGAGGACACCAUGGCUUCAGAGGAACCAGACUAUGAAGACGGACAAGAAUCAGGGUCAGCUGGUCUCUUUGCUCCGCUGGAAUCCCCAGAGAUUAAGGAAUCAGACGACUGGGAAGCAGAGGAACCUGAAGAGACGAGGGACGAUCAGCCGGUCAGUUCCUCCCGUGUCCCAACGACGACCCAGUCAUCUCUGAAGAAGUGGACCCUCAACGGUGAAGCUCUCCUGUCCUGCAAAGUCUGCCACGCCAUACGAAGGUCCAUGAACAUCCUGAUCCGACACUCCUGGAACCACGUAGAAGAUCCCAGAGGGCUUUGCGGAGUGUGUGGCGAACAUUCAGAGUCUGCAAAAGAGCUGAGGAAGCAUCUCCAAACCCACCAGAAAACCCACAGCUGCCUCCUCUGUGGAAAGUCCUUCCUCACCGUCACCGGCCUCAAAGGACACAUGGACCGGCACCAAGGAAUCAAACCAUACGAGUGCAGGAUCUGCCACAAAGCAUUCCCGGAGAGUGGAGUGCUAAAAACUCACAUCCUGACCCACGCCAAAGAGAGACCGUACAAGUGUCCAAACUGCCGGAAAGCCUACAGCUCACUGUCCGACCUAAGAAGACACAUGGUCGUCCACUCCAAGACGACCCAGUACAGGUGCAACAUCUGCGGUCAGAACUUGUGCAACUUCCACAGUUUGUCCACGCACCUUAUGAGGCACUCGGAACAGAUUACGUAG